UCGCUACUCUAUCAGAUCAUGGCGGAAGAAGAGUCUACAACUCUCACGGCGGCGCCGGCGACGGCGGCGAACGCGAAGAAACAUGCUGCGAUGCUCGAACGAUUAUCCAACCGUAAGCAAUCUAUCUCACGAAGUUCAGAUUCCUUCGAAUCCACUCAAUCCUUCCUUAACCGUUUUUCCGAAUCCAAGCUCUCUAUUGAUUCUGAAAUCGUCAAACUUCAUACAAUCGCGGAAUCAAAUCUCAGAUCCGAUCUCAAAUCCGACAUUGAACGUGUUUCCAUCUCAAUCUCAAAUCUCGAGAAGCUCGUCGCUGAGAAUUCCUAUUUCUUACCGUCAUACGAGGUUCGUAACAGCCUAAAACUCAUCUCAGAUCUCAAACAAACACUAGAACAAGUCAGUUCUCAUGUCGCCCCUAAGAAACGGUUCGCGUUCAAGAACAAAAAAGCCUCAACAGGUCCAUCUAUCGAGAUCGGAUCUGAAUCCGAAUCCGAAUCCGCAUCUGGAACUUCCUCCAUAGUUACAGUUCGCGAUUCACCGGCAUUCAGGAAUGAGGAGAAUCAGAUUCUAGUCAAGGAUUUCACAGAUUCGGAUAUAGGCGAGUUCUCAAUUGAGGAUUUGAAGUUCUGUGAAGUUCAUUUGACUGGUUGCUGUAGGGCGUUAUUUAUUCAUAGAUUGUACAAUUGUAAAGUUUACGUCGGACCUGUAUCAGGUUCGAUUCUGAUCGAUGAAGCUGAGGAUUGCGUGUUUGUGUUGGCGUCACAUCAGAUCAGGAUUCAUCAUACUAAAAAGAGUGAUUUCUUUCUUAGAGUUCGUAGUCGGCCGAUAAUUGAAGACAGCACUGGAUUAAGAUUUGCGCCAUACUGUUUGAUUUACAAUGGAAUUGAGAAAGAUCUUAAAGAUUCAAAUCUGGAUGAAGAAACUGGUAAUUGGACAAAUGUGGAUGAUUUUCGAUGGUUGCGAGCUGUUCAAUCUCCUAAUUGGUCCAUUUUGCCUGAGAAUGAACGAUUGAACACCAUUACAAUCUCUUGAAGAAACUUGUGAGGUUCGUUUCUUUCAUCAUAGUUUAUCAUCUUUUUCGAGUUUGGGUUCUCAUAUUAAUCAUAGAAAGAUUAUGGUGUUCAUGUUAUUCAUGUUUAUGCAAUUUGAAGAUGAUGAAUAACCAACAGCAUGUACAAUUUAUGGUCUUUUGAAGAAAUUUGUUGAAUUAUGUAGGAAAGAAGUGAAACUAAGAACUAUUUCUCACAAUCACUAUCUAUUACCAAACUAUCUUUUAAAGUAGAUUUACAUUACCCUUUAUUACUAUACCGGUAUGAAAGCUUGUUAUGGAGUAUCAAAGAAGGUGUAUUUGGGUGUUUUGCUUGGC